AUGCUUUAUCCGGGUCUUCGCUCCUCAUACGAACCUUACGGAAGCAAGAACUUUGUUACAGCAGGUCCAGACCCGAUGCCUGAUGCUGGUGCUUAUGGCGGAACAUGGAGCGCGCUCGAGAUCUCCGGUGAUGGCAGCGGCGGUUGCCCCGUGGGUUUGGCUUAUGGAAGCAAGGUAACGGGUCUGAAGGUCAUCUCAACCAAAAUGCAUGGGAAGUCCCAUACGCACAUCGCUCCCGACCUUGAGCUUGCUCAAGCCUUGAAUCAUGAGAUGGACCUGAAUCAUAUCUACGCUUGUUCUUGGAUUCUGCCUGAUCCGGAAUAUCAACCCGAGACUGGUCUCGGAGUAUAUGUCCGUCGUGCCCUUGCGAACGGUGCCCAAAGAGGCAGAUCCGGACUUGGAAGCAUAUACGUAUUCAACGCUGACAACAAUGCCCACGGCGGCUUUCACGACAGCAUACAUGCUGUCAGCGUGGGCGGUAUCAACCAGCAU